CACACACACACACACACACACAUACACAGUGGUCCUGUUGAUAUAGACACAGUCGGCUGUGAGAUAUGGCCACCUCAGGACGUAAUAAUACGCUGAUUUCGAGCCUUUUUCAUCUCCGGCAGUCGUGAAAUCACCGCGUUCAUCUCUGCUCUAUUCUUUUGUCGGUGAGCUCAGUCAAGGAAUACCCAUUUGCAUAUUGUAUGUGGACAAAAGUGUGUGCAACAUCAUCAUUUUUUUCUGCAUUUUUGUGUGAGGAUUAUGACAUCAGAGAACCAAUGGAAUUCAUUAAUAGGAAGAGAAUCAGGUGACUUUUAUAUACAUUGGUGAUCGUCAGAUAGUGACAGAAGAACUAUUAUUAUCAUUAUAACUUUCUGAUUUUAAAAAUUCCGAAACCAUCAUUUCACUUUGUGGAGUCGGCGGAUUGUGAAUAGUCAUGGAGAUAUCCGCAGGCAGGACAAACCGUAGCCUAUUGAACGAUGCGGCUGCCGUCAACAUUGACGAUUCUGAGAGUAAUAAACAUUUGUUGUUGUUUAGAUCUGCCCCUAGUACAGGAGACUUGCGAGCUCUAAGAGGAAACAAUCCUUUUGUCGGUGCGAACGAGGAAGAAGGACAAAAGGAGGAGUACCCUAAUAGCACAAACUUUGAUUCAGUUACCGGACAUGAACUAAAAGAAGACAAUUCUGAGACCCGAGCACAUACAUGUAACGGAUUUUCUCUAACGAAAGAUAGUGUGAAUAACGCCACCACCGCUUGUAACGGUCUCUAUGACGUCACGGUAGCCAAAGGAAACACGUUCGAUCCCCUGUUGCUUUUAACUACACCUCCCUCAGACACCAAGACAUUUUCUGAUAGUUCUUCAGACACGAUGAACGCUACCACAAUGGCUUCUUCCUUGUCCAGAAACAGUGGCGGCGUGAAUCUUCCGACACCUUUAUCCAUUUCGGAGAUCGCCAGUCCUGCGGCUACUCACAAAAACGGUGACGUAUCUCUGCGCAUACCUUUGACUAUAUCGGAAACAGCCAUCCCUGCUGUUCCCACAAAUGGUGACGCGGCUCUACUCGCACCUUUAAUUGUAUCGGAAACGGCCGUUCCUGCUGCUUCCACAAAGAGUGAUACGUCUCAGCCCACAUCUAUAUCAGAAACAACCACGUCUGAUACUACUCCCACAAACGGUUCCACAGCUUUGCCUGUAUUGGAAACGGCCAUCCCGGCUGCUCCGGCAAAACUUUACGCCAUAGAAGAGAGAAAAAAGACAAGUCUCGGCUCCCAGACUUCGUCCCGCUCAAGCGUGAACGAUGGUUCCGAUAUUGACUUCGGGAUUCUCAAAUCAGCCAUGCGUGAGAGCAGCGACCAGGCGAAGCGAGGGCGUCGGAGGCUGAGUCUCUUCAGUUCUGCCAUGCGCAGAGUGAGCAUACAUCGCAGGGAGUCCACACCCACGGGCAGAAUCGCCACCUUCUUUUUUGGCGCCGACGAUCCUGAGAGUCAGGACGAAAGUGUGGACGAGAAAGCACCACAAGACACUGCAGCAAGCCUCAUGGACAAACGGAAAGAAGCAUUGAAGAAAAAGUCGCAGAUGGAGCAACUCCGGGAGUCACUUUUCCUGAUAUUGAGCGGCCUAUAUGGGAUUGUCAUAGUGAUUCUGGGUGCCGUUAUACCCAUCACUGAGAUCUUCAUAUCUGACCAGAUAGACAGAGCUUUCGAGGCGUUCUACGUAUACCUGUACACCGUAAGCGUCAUCUUCCUGGUCUACGUUUAUGCCUACCUGCUCCGACGUAACCGCCUCAAGAGUGAGUUCCUCACGCGCACGCUCUCACGCUCCAUGUCGUGGACAAAGGCCUGGGCCAAGUCGUGGGCAAGGGCAGAUAAUGACGUCAAGGGCAAGCUCAGGAAGAGAAUGAUCUCCCUUGACGUGUCCAAUCACCAUACAGGGACUUUCUAUCUGAGGCUGGGGGUGUUGGGUUUCGGCGUGGGCUCCAUGAUUCACAGUGGCCUUCACUUCGGCACCUUCUUCUCAGUCUCCGACAGUUCCUGCAAUGAUGGUCUACAGGCUGCCAAACCCAUGCUGCAUCUAGCCUUUACCUUCUUCCAGCUGUACUUUAUUUUUAUGAAUGUAUCCACAGGUACAAGAAGCUGGCCCGGUUCGGCCUGAUGCACAUGUGUGCCACCAACAUCUGCGUCUGGUUCCGGAGCAUCGUGGUUGAGACGUUACACGUCAUACAUAUGCAUGAGCACAAGGGAGACCACGCCCACUCGGUGUUGACGCAUGUGUACUCGUCUCACGACAAUGACCUGCACGGCACGCAUGACGUCACAGCGGGAGGAUACGGCGACCUUCACGGCCAUGACCAUGACCUUCACGGCCAUGAGUAUCUUGUACAGCAUGUGGAAGAACGUCGGGAAGCGUCCCAGGAGGCCACGGGAAUCUGACACGGACGAUGAAGACGAGGAGUCGAGAGUGCACAGGAUGAGCGUGGACUGCACGGGUUCGAGUCGAGGGCUGUUUCUGGGCAUCUUACUUAUGGUCGGAACCAUCAUCUCUAUCAUCGCCUUCUACAUGUUGAUGAAUCAACAGGAGUUAAGGCCAUCGGCGAUCAUGUUGACACAUCUAUCGGAAACAGCCAUUUAUACGGUGACUUUCGGCGCGCUUAUCAUGGCCACCCUGAAAAUGAAGUCCUUGACCUUUCACAACGAGCACGAUGCAGAUCUGGAGGAUAUCCUUAUUCUUAUCUCUUAUACAGGGCUACUGGCCUUUAUAAUUUUCAGCCUAGUAGCCUCCAUCCUGCACAAACCGGACAUGCGAUCCGCCCUGACCAUCUUGUCUAACGUGACCAUGUUGAUCCAGGCGACGCUACAGACCAUAUUCAUGUUGGCCGGGGAUAGGAUGUCUGCUGCUAACCAUUCACAAGUUCGGAAAAAGCCAGGUCGUGACAUCAUCACAUUUCUGCUCAUCUCAAACUUCGCUAUGUGGGCCAUCAACACCUUUGAGACGCAAACCCCUCAACAUAACCCUAUACAGGUGGAGUUUUACGGACCAGAAGCCUGGGCUAUUUUUACCCACAUCUCCGUGCCUCUUGGGAUCUACUUCCGGUUUCACUCUACCGUCUGCUUCAGCAACAUCUGGAAAAAUGCCUGGAAGAUACGCAAACAUAUAUGAGGAUUGGAAGAUUGGGAAACUUAUGUCAUGAUUGGAAGAUUGAAAAACAUGCUCUGCGAUUGGAAGAUUAGGAAAAAUAUAUUAAGCGUUGGAAGGUUGGGAAACAUAAUAUAUGUAUAUGAGAAUUGGAAGAUUGAGAAACAUAUAUAUGGUCAAGAGAAAAGGAAGAUUGGAUUUAAAAACAUAAUCUUCGACGGUUGGAAGUAAUGACUGGAAGAUUGUUUUCCUAUACUAUUUCGUAUAAUUCUUCGAUAUUUUCUGUUUAUAUUCGUAUAUACAUAUCCUAUAACACUUCAACACGUGAGAGCCUAGUUCCCGACAGGCCCAGUUGGAGAGCAACAGUCAAAGUAGCCAGAAAGUCAUAAUUAUUAUGAAGUUUCACGGAUAUAAAAAAAAUAUUGAAGCCAUAAGAGAAACCCACAAGCGGAACACUUCCACGAAUGGAAGUAAGCUUGUUAAUGUACAAAAUGUGGCAAGCAUUUCUCCCGCCAGAUUUAGUGUCAUUGGCCAUAAGGUUAGCCACAAAGUCAUGUUACCUCCAGUUCUUCUAUUUUGCUUUGAAGAAAUAUUUUCCUCUGCUGAUGCAUUAGUCUUC